AUGUCUUCUCUUAAUAAUCAGUCAUUGAAUGUUAAUUACAGAUAUCAAAAUAUUCGUAUUGUAACACAAAUGCUCAAACAAAACAAUCAAAUAUGUUUUAUUAUGAAAAAUGAUUUAAUUAAUUUGAACGAACAAAUUGAUUUUGAUAUAAAUAUUACUGUGGAAAAAUUAGAUGAAUUGUUACAUUCAUUAGCUAAUCAAUUUAUCAUGACGCUAAACAAUGGUAAUGGACAAGAUAUUGAAAAUAAAAAUAUAAAUUCUCAUCAUAAUCUGUUGAAUCCAUCAAGUUCCAUGUCAUCAUACGUAAAUCCACAUCAUCUUAGUAAUUUAGCUUCAUCAUAUCCACAUAUACAUCAAAUAAUGCCUUCACCUCAUUCAAUAAAUCCAAAUGCAAUAUUUCCUUUACUUCAAAAUAAUUCAUCAUUUUCAUCCAACAAUUUACCACAUUCAUCACCAUAUAUGUUAUCAUCAUGUAUGCAAGGACCUGAUGGAAUGAUAGUUAACACGAGUAGUCUUCCACCACCACCACCAUGUAAAUAUCUGAAUGGACCAAGGCCACAUAAUUUUCUUGAACAAUUUGGAGCAGGUUCAAGUGAUCCAUACGGACAAUUGCCUCCACAUUAUCCACAAGACCAAACAGAAAGAUUUUGGAAAAAAAUGAAAACGGAACAUUAUGAAGACAAAAGUGAACAAAUGUAUGAACAGCAGACAACAGGAUCAUCGUCAUCAUUAAUAUCUACAACGGCUUCAAUGUCUGAAAGUGGUGACUUAGGAUUAUAUAAUAAUCCACUUUCAUCUGGAAUGAAAUCAUCUACAGUGUCACGUUUAUGUAACUUUGGUAAAUGUGAAAACUUUAUUCCAGAUUCUUUAUCAUCAUCAUCAAUUAAUAAAGCAUUACCUGGUAAUGUAGACGAUGUACAAUUAAUAACAUCAUCAAGACAAAUCAAUUUCGAUAAAUUCGGUGAAUUUGAUAUGGAUAAUGAAGAAUUAGCAAUUACUCAAAAUUUGAAUCAAACAUACCGACCAGAUAGUGAAAUAAGUGAUGAUCUUCUGUCGUCUUCAUUUUUACCAUAUAAACAUGAUUCAUUGACAACAUCAAAACAAUCAAUUUCAACACGAAAUCAUCAUUCAAAUACAUUAUUAUCUGAACGACAACAAUCAUUUAAUUCUACAACAUCUACUCAUCAUUCUCAACAAAUGAUAUUACAAAAUGCUCCAGCUACAUCACCACAUUCAUCAAAAUUAAUAACAAAUAAUAAUUCGUCAUUAUCUGUAAUGAUGUCAAAUAAUAAUUUAACAAAAGAUGAAUCAUUCAAUAUAAAUAGUGAUCGAAAAUCUACAUCAAAUAUGGUACCAUCAUUAAGUAACAUGUUCCGAAUGACAAAUACAUUACAAUCAUCAAAUUCAUCAACUGAUCAAGACAUGAAUCCUUUUAAUGGUUUACCACAUGGUCGUCAACAAAUAGAUACACGUUUUUCAACUAUGAAAUCACGACGUUAUCGCCCUUAUCAUUAUCCACAAAUUCAUCAUCCUUCUAAUCAAAUGCAUUUAAAUGAUGGUCAACCACUUCCAGCACCAACACAAUCAAUUAAUAAUACACCUGUUGGAUUAGCAAUGGCAAUUGAAUCAACAAAUGCUGAAAAUUUUGAAUCACCAGUUGUUCCUGAUUCUCAACAACAACUUCUAUCAACUAACUCCGUAUAUCUCGCUAUCUUAGCUGAUUUAAAAACACUACCAUCGAAUCGCAACGUUGGUGAUGGCCAAUAA